CAGCCGAGCGAGCCUCGCAGGCAGGACUGAAAAGUGGGAUGGGAGUAAACGAGUGUCACAGUUUUGUGUUUACGCUCGCUGACCGCGCGAGCAGAGCGGAGCCGAGGAUUGAAGGAGGGAGGAACCUAAAGAGCUCGUAGCCGCGUCGAGACACACUCCGCCCGGACACAGAGGAACCCUGCUCAGCGGGGUUCUGGAAAAUGGGAGCGGUGAAGUGAAGCGGAAAAACGGCCAGAAAAGAGCGCGACACUCUGGAUGAAAGAACAUAAUGGCGCUCUUCCUGUGGCUUGACCUGCUGCUGUUGCUGCUGGCGGGCGUGCGGUGCACUUCGGUCAAGAACUGCCACGCGGGCUGCCGCUGCGAGGUGGAAAGCUUCGGGCUGUUUGACAGCUUCAGCCUGACCACAGUCGACUGUCGAGGGUUGGGCCCCGGCGCCAUCAUGCCUGUGGCCAUCCCGCUGGACACGGCCUUCCUGGACCUGUCCUCCAAUGCCUUGGGCCACCUGACUGACAACAUGCUGGCCGGGCCCGGUUACACCACCCUCGUUAGCUUGGACCUUAGCAGCAACAACAUUACGAAAGUAAGCCCCAAUGCUCUGUCCAAGCUACGUUACCUGGAGACUCUCGACCUGAGCCACAAUGACUUGGAGGGCCUCCCGCCGGACUGCUUCUUUGGCCUCCCUCUGGCCGAAGUGGACCUCAGCCACAACAACCUCCGCGACUUCAACAUGAGCGCGUUUGUGGCGAAAGUCAACAGCAAACCCGUCAGCGUGGAUCUGUCGCACAACAAGCUGGCCUCGAUUUCCACAACACCGCACGGGAAACUUGUCCACAUUCAAAACUUGAAUCUAACGGGAAACCGUCUUUCCGGCAUACCGAAUCUCGGGGGACUCGAGAUACUCCGAUACCUCAGUCUGGAUAGCAACCCCAUCGUUGCCAUUGAAGAAGGCGACUUCGCUCACCUGACAGAUCUGGUUUUCUUAUCCCUGAGCAGCCUUCGUCAGCUUCGGGAAAUCGAGUCGAAUAGCUUUAAGGGACUCCGGAGUCUCCAGGUGUUGGAUCUCUCCAACAACCCCAAGUUGAAAACGCUACGACGAUCCGUUUUUACUGGACUGGACUCGCUGCAGGAGCUGAAUUUAUCCGGCUGUGGAGUGACGUUUUUACCGCAUAACACGCUCUCGCACUUACCCGCGAUCAAGAGCAUUGCGCUCGGACAGAACAUCCGCUGCUUGAGGACCCAGAAACGAGGAGUGUUUCACAGACAGCUGGGACAGACCCAACACUACGAGGUGCUCAACUGCCACCGGGAUAGCCUUGCGUUGUGAUCCUGCCAAUAUGGACCAGUCCUUUGGCCCUUCGUCGUUAUUCCGGCACUGUGCCUUCGAUCACAUACCUCUUCCUCAAGCUUUAAGAGUUUUUUUUUUUAUUGAUGCAAAUGGAUGAUCAAUGAAUGAACAUAAAACGGUCAGUAUGUAUCCAAAACGUCACGUCAUAUUCACAUUCUUUAAUCUGCAUACAAACAAUAACUUUGUUUUUGCGCUUAUUUUCAUCACAAACAAAGCAGUCCGAAUGUUCAUAGAAAUGCCGAUGAGCUCAAUCGUACGUCGCUUUUACCACCACUGACCACAUGACCACUAAGUUUAAGGCGUCAUUUAAGCCAAUUUUGAGGACCGUUCGCGUCCUUCCUGCCUUUUUGAGUUCGAUGCUCAAAGGACUUCUUCGCCGAGGCUGUGCAAAUCCAUUGACUUGACCGAACGUCAAACGACGAAAAAUGUGGUUCCGCGCCUCACUAGUACUGCAUUUUCAGAGCGAGGAUGGUGUUUUUCCCUUCGUUUUAUUACCACGCUGAGCCAAGAUGGCCGACAACUUCGCCAAAGUCUAAUUAACUCUGCCACUUAUAGCGUCAGUUAAUGACGUUGAUGGAGAAAACGAUGUGUACAAAGUAUGACGCGGUUUUGCUAUUUGCGAACCAAUUUAAUUGUGUUUGAAGAACGUUGUCAAAUGCAAAAAAAAACCAAACAAACAAACAAAAGACCAUAAUGUGAAUGUCAUUCCCAAAAGCCAUAUGUGCUCUUCAUUGUGGAAGUUCGUCACAUAGCCUUUGAUGUGGUGGCUACGUAGCGACGUAGGCGUGAGAGGGAAAACACACUGAAGCCACAUUGACCAGCAGUUCACUUUUUGCUGUGCCCGUUUGAAUAACGCAUGACGCAAGAAGUAUGACAAAUGAACCUUUUUCCUGUGGAGUGAAGAAAUGUCCAGGCUCAAGGCUGAAUUUGAAUGUCUGCCAAACCGAAUGAGGUUCUGGCUUUAAAAUGAUCACUUCUUUGGUGUUCAAUACAAUCAGAUCAUGUACAGUUCGUCUCCGUGGAGACGGACAUCGCGAUGCUGGAUGUAUUUUUGCAAAUGUAUGCAAAUCUUUAAUAAAUUGAGUUGGGUUUUUUUC